UCGACUUAGUAUUUCUGCGUGCUUGGCGUUAAGCUCGGGUUUAUUCUCGCUCCAAAGGAAACAUUAUGGAAUUAAUAAUGCACGACUCUGAGACCACCAAGCACAAAGUACAUGAUGCUGCUGACCACAAAACCAAAGGGGAAAAAAGUACUGAGCGUUGGAGUGGCAUAAAGGAGGUUUGGGAUUUACGACUCAAGAGAUCAUAAAAGUACUAUAUAAGCCUGAGCUGCUGGGAUGAUUGGCACAGAAGGGUCAGACAGCAAAGAUGAAGCUGUUUGCCGUCAUCGCUAUACUCCAGUUUGGGGCUUUCUGUGCCCUUGCUGCUGAGAAACCACCAAGCAACCUGAAAAAGAUCGUUGUGCAGACAACACAUGCUGAAAAACCACCUCUUCUGAACCCCCUCAUAGAGGGUAAAGUUCCAGAGCUUUCUGAUAACGCUCCAGUCGUUGGCCCCCUAACACCUCCAGAGCUCCAGGAACCUGUCAGCUUCUCGCACCUGUUUGGCGACAACGUCAAUCUUAACUGGACCAGCUGGGAUGGCUCUCUUCCCAAUGGUGCAGUUGGCAUCUACAAUGGGUACACCAAGCGUACCGACUACAUCUGCAAGUACAACUGCGAAGCAGGUUUCUACACACCUAGCAAAGGCCCGUACUGCAACUACGCUUGGGGCAACAAAGAAUACCAUGCCCCUGAGUUUGAAGUCUUAGUCAAUGUAGAUAACUUUGAGUUUCUAGAGUGGAAGGCUGGGUCAUAUGGAUCUGUGCCUAAUUAUGCUGUUAGAACUUGUGGGGGCGUUGGCAUCUUUGUAGGUAAGAACAAGUAUGGGCUUGGCAAGGUUGUACCUCAGUUUGAAGCCUUCUUCCUGCCUUGGGAAGGGGAUGAGUACUGGUAUAAGAAGUAUGAUGUUCUAGCCAUUAACAAGGACGCCUACAGCCAGCAUAUCUCCCAUGUAGAGUAUGGUAUCAAUGAGGUUGAACUGUUCCAUUACCCACCCGAAACCAUGAGGAUCUCUAGUGUCAGCAACAAUGAGUGUCAGGCUGUGACCAAGACAGUGACCAUCUCUAAGGUUUCUGAGGUGGAAAGCACUUGGAACAUUGGACGUUCCACCAUGCUUGGUAUCACAGCUGGCAUCACCGCCAAGAUCCCACUGAUUGGCACUGCUGGAGUGGAGUUCACUGGAGAGAAGACCCUGCAGUUUAACCGAGGAACUACCCUGGUAGAAUCUCUGAGCCAUCAGGUGUCCAUCCAGCUAUCUGUGCCCCCCAACCACUCCUGCUCUGCACGCAUGGAGGGACGCAAGAUCACUGCAGAUAUCCCCUUCAAAGCCAGACUGAGCCGGACAUACGCAAAUGGUGAGACCCAGUGGACCUCCAUCAAUGGCAUCUACGAUGGCGUGCAGAUCGGAGAGGUUAGAGCAGUGGUGGACCGCUGUGAGCCUAUUGCAGACGCCAAGCCAUGUCAAUAAAUGCAUGCAUAGACUCAUACUAAGUAUGAACAUUAUAUACUGUAUAUCUGUUCAGUUUGUGUAUGAGGGUGAACAUGAUAUCUUAAUGUGAACCUAUUUAGUUCUGAAAGACAAAAAAAUAAAGAGUUAAAACAACACUGAUAAUGCCUAUAAUGUUUUAAUGUGACCUGUUUUAACACUGAAAUAAAUGUAGCACCAACAUAAAUAAA